AUGGAAAGGAUGAAUAACGUGACAGAAUUCAUCCUCCUGGGCCUGACUCAAAAUGUGGAGCUUCAGAAAUUUUCCUUUGUUGUGUUCUUAAUGGUCUACUUGGUCACCUUGGCAGGCAACCUGCUCAUCAUGAUCACCGUCAGCACCAGCAGGGCCCUGGGCUGCCCCAUGUUCUUCUUCCUGUCUUACCUAUCCCUGAUAGACGGCUGCUCUUCUUCCUCCGUGGCCCCUAAAAUGCUAGCUGAUACCCUCACUGUGAGAAAAAACAUCUGUUUUAGGGGAUGCAUGACUCAAGUCUUCGCUGAGCAUCUUUUUGGUGCUGCUGAGAUCAUCCUUCUCACGGUCAUGGCCUAUGACCACUAUGUGGCCAUCUGCAAACCCCUGCACUACACGACCAUCAUGAGUCGAUAGGUGUGCAGCCUUCUUGUGGGAGUGGCCUGGGCUGGAGCCUUUGUCCACGUGACCAUUCAGAUCCUCUUCACAGUCUGGCUGCCCUUCUGUGGCCCCAAUGUCAUAGAUCACUUCAUGUGCGACUUGAACCCUUUGUUGAAACUCGUUUGCAUGGACACUCAUACCCUUGGUCUUUUUGUUGCUGCCAAUAGUGGGUUCAUCCGCUUGUUAAACUUCCUCCUUUUGAUGGUCUCCUAUGUGGUCAUCUUACACUCCCUAAGGGCCUAUAGCUUGGAGGGGAGACGCAAAGCCCUCUCCACCUGUGUCUCCCACAUCACCGUGGUCAUUCUAUUCUUUGUGCCUUGCGUAUUUGUGUACCUGCGUCCAGCGAUCACCUUUUCCAUUGAUAAAGCUGUGGCUGUGUUUUAUACCAUGAUAACUCCCAUGUUAAACCCUUUAAUCUACACCCUCCGAAACGCAGAGGUGAAAAACGCUGUGAAGAAGCUCUGGAUCAAAAGGUGA